GUCUUUGUAGAAUCAAUUACACGUAGAAUUUAAUUCAACAUUAACCACUCACUUUAAUGUGAGUAAAGAUUUCUUCAAAUACCACCCUCCGUUUAAAUAGAUCGAUAUUUCAUAGCGUUUGUUAAAGUCGUUUUAAAAAUAUCUAUACAAAAAAAUAUCAGUUAGAUACAAAUAAUAUACUAGGAUUCAGAAAAAUCCUUACUCUAUGGAAUAAUUUAUCUUCGCCGCAGAUUAUGAAUAACCACAGGUACUAUGGUUUUGAUCCAAUCUUCAGAUAGCUUUAGGCUUAUGUCACAUGACACCAGACAAUGAAGUAUUUUAGAAAUAAUAUUGACAGAUGAAUUUUUACCGAUAUUUUUAUAUUUUAACAAGUUUUAUAUUAUUAUUUAUAGAAGCGAAAGAAGUUGGUGAUAUAAAUAUAAUGGAAACAGGUUUGGAUACCGUAUCGCCAUUUUCUAUCGGAUUGCAAUUCUUUGUUAAGGUCAAUAAUACCUCUAAUAAUGACGUGGAAGCAGAAUUAACUCCAGAUGAAUGCUGUCUGAAGAUAGAACCGAAUUUAGAUUGUAACAUUUUAGUAGCAAUUGGGAGCUGUGUUCAGACAAUUCCAAAAGGUACAACUAAAACGUUUAAAGUUGUGGCACCACUAUUAGAUCCAUUUGAAAGAUAUGGUUACUGUAUCUUCAACUUCGAUUCAGUACAUGAUAACAUAAAGAGAAGUAUAAAAAGAACACCCGUCAAAAUAACUUUUGACACACGUUUAAAAAAUAGAACUCAAUUUAUACAUAUACCUAAAAGUAUUAAACUUUGCCAGAAAAUAGAUGAAGAUCCAUUAAACAAUUGUGAACCAGUAGACUGUGAUAUCUAUUACAAUGGCAAAAGAUCAUAUUUUAAUAAAAGAUUUAGAAGAUGUACACAUAUACCAAAAUGUAUUUCGGAUUCAAAAAACAAUAUCCGUAGUGUAAUUUAUAAUCCAAAUUCAAACAAAUGUGUUAAAGAAAAAGCGAUCACAAAAGAUGAUAUUGAAUUCUUAAAAGAAUUUUAUAAAAGUAAGAGUAGAAAAGCAAAAGAUAUUUUCAUAAUCAAUAAUGCACAUACUACUACUGAAGCAAUAACACGCAUACCUGAUAAAAAUAACAAAGACAUAAUUGUGGAAGAACUCUUACCUGAUGAGGGGACAAAAGAGGCAAGUAAAGCGAGAUCUGGUGUUAUAAACAAAGUAAGCUAUUUCAAGUAUUUAUCGAAUAAAUACUUAAUAACUAAUAAAUUUACACUAGUUGUAUUUGGAGUAAUAAUUUUAAUACAGUGUUGUCUGAUUUUUACUAUGGUUUAUUUUUUACCAAAAAGUUGUUAUAGUUGCAAGAAGAAAAAGAUUAUUAGCAAGUUCUAUAAUUACAGACAAGAUGUCUCUGUUACGACACCUUUAAUUGAGACUAGUAAUAUUGAUACUGAUACUGCCGAAUUUCAGUAUAUGAGUGAAUCAUCAAAUAUAGAUAAAAAAAUAAAAUGUUAUAAAGCAUGCCAGAAAGAAUGGAAAAAUAAUGUUAAAAUGAGUAUGUCCGACGAUAUUUUAUCUAAAUGUCUAACUAGAAGAGACUGGAAUAGGCAACCAGUAAAAUCGAAUGCUAUCCCUGAAAUUAAUGAAACUGUUGUUUCUAAUUACAAAGAAGUGUAUCCUGUUUCAAAGUAUAGAGCUGAUAUGGUAAAUUUACAGCAAAAAGAAGUUACAAGUAAUACAUCUAAGAAAUCUGAUGAUAAAGUUAACUUUGAGAAUGAAAUAAAAUUAAAAAUAAAUAAUAAAGACUCCAAGAAAAUUAUUAGAAAGACAGAGAACAAGGUAGGGUAUAAUAGUAAACAUAAAAUAGAGGAAAAAGAUUAUUUAGGACCUCAAUGUGACACAUCAGAGAAGGAAAUUAAAUGUCACAGCUAUAACUAUAUGAACGAAAUUACAAAUAAAACCAGCUUCCAACCGAGUACAUACAGUAACAAUCAGAAAAUCUACAAACUAGAUAAAAGUAAAAAAGAAACAUUGUCUGUAUCAACAGAAAAAGGAGCACAAGCAGAAUUCUCGAAUGAUUCAAUCGAUGACUUUUUGUCAGAACGUGGUAUGAUGUUCUUAACUGGUGAAAAUUUAUCAAAAUACACAUCCUCUAGUGGAUCAAACAUGAAAAAGUCUUCAACAUCAUCCGAUAUAUCAAGUAAAACGUCUAAAAAUAAUAUAUUAAAAAAUGUAUUGUCACUUUUUCAUAAAAAAUCCAAACAUUGCACUUCUUCUGAUCCAGGAAAAAAGAAAAGUAGUCAAAAUUUUGAUAUCAAAAUAUUACAUGACAUGUCGCAUGUUUCAAUUUACUCAUCGAGUAAUAAUGAAUCUGAUUACAUAAAAAAUUUGAAGAAAACUAAAGAUUCAAGAAGUUCUUUGUGACGGCAAGUGAAAAGAGAUUUUAAUUUCAGAUUUUUAGUUUUAAUGUGCCUACUUAAUAAAAAUAUUUUUAAUAAAGUAUUUCUUAAUUGAUUUUAUUUUGUUUUGUUAAUCGCUAUAACUACAAUAUCUUUUGCAAAUCGAAUUCAUAACAUAGGAGUGUAUAUACUCUAAAUUAAACACAAGUAUUAAUAGGGAAUAAAUUUUAUCUGCGAUCAAUAAAGUUUGAAAUUCUCUCUUCUCCUCCGGGACAACUGGGGCAUACGCAUGGUGGGCACACAGUAGACGGCGCCUCUGUAGGUAACGUUACGUAUCUCGGUUUCUUUACCUGAAAUUUUGUACCA